UUUGUUCGGACCGUGUUUACCAAGCGUCGUCGUAAAUUGAAGUUUUACUUUGUUUAUGUGAUCAAAAAUUGAGUAUUUUUGUAAAAAUCUGUCUGGAAAAUCCAAAGCAAGAGAAAGCAACUCGGAAAAUCGAGUUCUGUGUACGCAAAAUACGAAAAAAUAUUUAAAAGUGAAAAUUUUAACGCAAACAAAACAACACAAAAAAAAAUAUUUGAAGAAAAAAAUAAUGAAGCCACUCCUGCUUCAAUAGUGAAGAAGAAAAACUUGCAAAAUAAAUUGCAAGAAACCAAAAAGAAAUAAAUAAAAAGUGUGAAAAAUACAAAAAAAUCUCUUGGAUUACCUCGAAAUUCUCUGGAUUAUUCUCGUCAUCGCGCUCAUUGUGUCCAAGAUAUAAAUGUCGUCUUUUUAACGCAGUCCCGGAGAAAUAAUAAAAAAAAAAAUUUUAGUCCAACGUUUUAUUAAUGCAUCAAUCUACGCGUCGUAAAAAUGAGUUCUGUAUUUUCGGCCUUCAAAACCGGAAAAAGUAGUAAUCGAGAUAACGGUACGAGCAGCAAGAGCAACAAAUCGAGCGGGGGCACCAACAAUGGCGUUGCCACAUCGAAGAAAAAUCUCUCGUCGCAAGACCCCACGAGCUACGAGAACCUCAGACACAUUCGCGAAAUCACGAUGAGCACGAAUUUCUGUCCCGUGGUGCCCGUGGCGAAAACGUCGCCCAUAAUUGCCGUUUUGCCCUCGGUGGCGAGCAGCGCGUCUCUCAACGAGCAAGAUGUCCUCGGAAUGGAGUUUAGCGAGUGUUCGUUGGGCUCCGCAGACACCGUCGACUCUUCACGUCACGAGGAUUUCCUGAAAAUGCCGCCGCCAGCAUCGAUCCCGUAUUCCGCGGCAUUGCCGCCCUCCGGAAAAUCGCCAAAUAGUGAACCGAAUUUGCUCGCUGCGCCCAAGGGAGGCACCCAAAGUUGCGGAAACAGCACCGCGAGUGACAGUGGCAGUGAUAGCGAGCACAAUUUCAUGAAUAAAGUCAAGGCGCGCAGCGAACAGAUGAUUAACGGGCGUGCAGGAAGCGCGAAUGGCAACAAGCCACGACUGAGUUUGAGUAGCGCGACGGGUUUUAACAAUUCCAUGCCGAGUGUGCAUGGCAGAUCGAGUGCGGGUGCGGCAAAUGGCACGACAAAUGGCAGUGCGGCGCCCACGAGAACGCGACUUUCGACGCAUCAGAGGAAUCUUAGUCUGGAUUUCCGGUCAAUGGGUAUCCUCUUGCCGCCAAUAUCACAAGUAACGAAUACUCGAAUCAAUCUGACGCAGCACCACAGAAACCGUAGCUUGGAUAGUGCGUUGCAGCGUAUUCCCGAGGUCGAAGUAUCAUCACCAAGUGCCGAAUCCGAAAACACUUUAUGCACAAACACCAUCCUCAGUGUGUGUUCGAAGGAUGUCGGCACGUCGGAUGACAGCUCGGAGCCAACAACGGCAUCAGCAACACCAAUUGCCGCCACAAUAACCACUCAAUUGCCAAAUAACAACACCAACAACAGUACAAAAGCGGAAAGCGAGGAAGAGGAAAUGGACGAAGUUGAUGCGAAAAAUCACGAAAUUAUCGCAGGCGAACGGAUGGAACGCGAUCCCGUGCCGUCGACAUCAGAAGCGGGCAAAAUCCUCAAAGAAUGUGAUACGAUAAAGAAACGCGAGGACUUGACCAGCUUGGGAUCCGAUGAUUCAGGAAUCAUUUGCUGCUCGGAAGGAGACCAACAAUCCCUAAAUCGCAUCCGGAGGUCACGCGAAAGUCUGGAUUCGGGCGAAAUUGAUCCGUCGGAGGAGGAAUGCAUCGAAAUUCUCGAAACGACAUCCAUGGACGAGGAAUAUCGCGCAUUGCAGUCCGACCUGUGUUUCUAUCCGAGCACGAGUGACGUCAAAGAUGUCGAACGAAAGGGUCCCGUACCGAAAACCAUUUGCGUUCCCAUCGAUUUUGAAGAUGCGCGACACAUUUCGCCGCCCGCAUCGCCAGUUUCCGAUGUCGAACAGACGAGCAGUACCGCGACAAAUGUCUCGACCACGAGUAAACAAUCCAGUUCGUGCGCUUCCAGCUCGAGCCAAGACACGAUCGUGAAGGCGCCCGAAAGCGGCAAAAACGAAGUGAUGUUCCGAAACUUUUUUGGCGUCACGAAAAACGCAAUUUUCCGUACGGCGCAAAGUUUCCGCGAGAGUCACGGCGACAAAAAACGGAAAACCGGCGAAGGGGAAAGUGGUGGCGUCAAAAGUCCCGUCGAAAUUUCGAAAAAGCGAGAUUUCCUUCGACCGAUGCGGAAAAAUGCGCAACCCAGCAUUCCGCCAACGACGCCGGAAAAGGAAGAAACGCCGAUGGUGAAAUCGAGUUCCAGCACGUCGCUGAACGGCAACAAGGAAAAACGGGUGCCGGGCAUCGCGCAAUGCAUGGUCGUUGAGGGAGGAGAUGCCAGUAAAUCGUCGCUGAAUGUCGAUCGGGGUCACAGCAGUUUGUUGCGUUUCUUCGAGUCGCCCGUCUUCAAUAUCCACUUUGCCGUGCACUAUUUGUUCUACUCGAAAGAGCCGGGCGUUCUGAGUUUCAUCGUGAACAAAAUCUUCAGUUUUCCGGAUGCCGAAGUCGAUCUGUACAUUCCGCAAUUGAUCCUCAUGUACAUCCAGAUGGACGAGCUAACGGAUGUGCUGGAUCCGUACCUGACGUAUCGCUGUCGUCGAUCGGCGGACUUUUCGCUCAAGUGCACGUGGCUCUUCGAGGCGUACAACUUCAACAUUGACACCGUCUCCGGUAACUCGUUAGGCAGUAAGAAAUCCCACCUCGCGCUCAUCCGUGAGUUGCAUUCGAAGCGCGAAAAGCGCCUUUGUCCGAAGGAUGUGCAACAUGCGGCGUCCCGCAAAACGCAUCAUCGAUCGCAAUCCGAUGCCACGGGCAUCUUGAACCACUUGGCGUUGCAGCCACAACUAAAAGUACCCAUGAAAAGUACGUUGGGCGAUCUCAAUAGUGGCAGAGCGUUCGACAACAAUUGCUCCUGCUUCGAAAGUGUACGUGGCACCGUCAACGAUCUGCUGGGCCAGCAAACGGUGUGUUCGUGCGGCGCCCCAAAACUCGCUCCGCAGAAGGAAUUCAUGCGCGCUCUCAUCGACAUCGGCAAAACUCUGACGUCACUGCAGACCAAGAUCGAGAAAACGAGUCGAUUGCGCGUCUUGCUGAACUUGAUCAACAAAAAUCUUCCCGCGCGCGUUUGGCUUCCACUGUAUUCCGAGAUCCCGCAUCACAUUGUGCGCAUCACGGAGGAAAAAACGGCAGUUCUCAACUCGAAAGACAAGACGCCGUACAUCAUCUACGUCGAAGUUGUGGAAGUGAGCGAUAUUUACACGUCGCCCGUCAUCCCGAAACUCAUGCCGACGCUGCGACACACGAAAUCCGUGGAAUUUCUCGAAGGCAUGUGCACGCAAAUGCCCGUUUCGCAGAGUAGCAGUGGCGAAGACGACAUUUGGUCGCAAGACGACGAUCUCAUAACGGCACAAUAUCUGACGAUUCACAAGUUGAGUGACAAGGAUGCCGUUUCGCAGCACUCGCUUGACAGUAUGGACUCGCGCGAAGCAAAUGCCCCCACGGUAUUCAACAUUGGGGACGUCCGACACCGACAUUGUGCCAACUUGAACAAGGAAAACGACAAAAAAUCCUUCCGGCAUGACACGGAAGAUCCAUCAGCAGCAGUUCUAAAGGAACCUUGGGACGAAAAAGAGCGCCAAAUCCGAGAAUCAUCACCUUAUGGACAUCUCCAGAACUGGAAACUCUUGUCGGCGAUCGUCAAAUGUGGCGAUGACUUGCGACAAGAAUUGAUGGCGACGCAAUUGCUUGAGAUCUUCAAAAUCGUUUGGGAAGAAGAAAGUGUCGAUUUGUGGGUGCGUCCUUACCGAAUCGUCUGUCUUUCUGGCGAUAGCGGACUCAUCGAGCCAAUCCUGAACACCGUUUCGCUCCAUCAGAUCAAGAAAAAUUCCAAAUCCAGUCUCUUGGAAUACUUUAUCGAUGAGUACGGAGGCGACGAAACGGAAGAAUUCAAAAUGGCUCAACGAAAUUUCCUCCAUUCGUGUGCCGCCUAUUGUCUCAUCUCGUAUUUGUUACAAGUGAAAGAUCGACACAAUGGCAACAUUUUGCUACAUUCCGAUGGACAUUUAAUCCAUAUCGAUUUUGGAUUCAUUCUCAGUAUAUCACCAAAGAAUUUAGGUUUCGAACAGUCGCCAUUCAAAAUAACGCAGGAGUACGUGGAUGUGCUUGGCGGUCCCGAAUCGGAAUUAUGGCUUGAAUUCCGUCAUUUACUGCUAAAAGGACUCAUGGCUGCCCGCAAACACAUGGAUCGCAUCAUAAAUAUCGUCGAAAUUAUGAGAAGCAGUUCUCAGCUGCCCUGCUUCAAAAAUGGUUGCGCACGAACGGUUCGAGACCUGCGUAAUCGCUUCCACAUGAACUUGACGGAAGAGGAACUUCAGCGGAAAGUUGAACAACUGGUAGAAGACUCCUUGAAUUCGUACACGACGAAGCUUUAUGACGGAUAUCAGUACCUUACCAACGGUAUCCUGUGAGAAACAUUUUUGAUGACCAUUUAAACGUGUGAACUUGAAUCGCUCGAAGCAAGGCAAGGCUACGUCGCUUUAAUUCUCUUAAUUCUAUACGUAAAAAAAAUAUUUUUCGGCCUUUUUUUGUAAAAAUUAGAUGAAAAUUGCUUGAGUGCGUGUGUGUUUUAGGACUUUUUUAAAAAUUAUCUCUUAAAAUUAAGGGUCAUGUUGAUAAUUUUUUCGCUAUAAAUUCUAUUAAAGACAAAAAUAAUAAAUAUUUUGAUUCUAAAAUUUAUUUCCCCGGAGGAAACUCCACCUUAUUGUAAUUGUAUUAACGAAAAAUUAGUUAAAUUCACACGAAACAUGACCGAAGCUUGUCACUAAAAGGAAAAAAUAAAAUAAUUGUGCCAUUCAUUUAAAAAUUUAAAGAUAUUUAAAUAAAAUGUUAGUUGUCUGGAAAUGCCUUGCAAUGUUGUACGCGCUGUCCUCUGAACAAAAGAAAAAUUAAAUGAUUGAAAGAAAAAAAAAGCAAAAAUUCAAUGCAACAAAAAAAAAUUGUAAAUAAUUAAAAUAAAUUAAUGAAUAGGUAAAAAUAAGUAAAUGUAGCAUUUUUAUAUAAAAAAAAUAUUUCUUGUAAUAUUUUGUUGCAAUAAAAUUAAGAUUUAAGUUAAAAUUUGCUUCAAAUGCUUUAAAAUAAAAUUUAUAAGAUUUUUAAGCUGAUCGUUCCAAUACUCAUUAUAAUCCCCAAUAAACUUGUGAAUUACUCUAAAAUACUACAGAAUUAAAUGAAAUAAGCAAUGAUUACAAAUAAAAAAUUCAAAUAUAUUAAUAUUAAAAAUGUUUAUGCUCGCAUCCUUUCUUUAUCAUCCAAUUUUUGGUAAAUAAAAUUUUAUUAGAAAUAUAACAUUAACACCGAAGAAGGAAGACUGAUUUGUCAUAUUUCUUGGAAAAAAUUAAGUAGUUUCCGUCUGUGAGGAUAGAUUAGAAAAAAAACUAGCAUCGUACAAAGAAAGAUUUUUCAUGUUUUUAGUGGAAAAUAUAAAAAUAAUUCAUAAAUACUCCUAAUGGACGUCGAAUUUUUUACGAGAACAAGUCAGUGCAUGCAGAACGAGUGAGUUACAAAAAAAAAUAUUAAAAUUAAACAAAACAAAAUCAACUUUGAAUUAAUUUAAUUCGAUAAAUCAAAUAAUCUAAUCUAAUUAUAAAUAAUUAUUACCUAAAUACAAAUUUAUACAUAAUAAAAGUAGAAUAAUAAGGCAAAAAAUGUCCUCUAUGGAAGAAAAAAAUAUAUA